CCAUCCUAUCCAUCCAUCCAUCCAUCCAUCCACCCACUCAUCCAUUGAGAUUGGGGCUUUUGGGAAUGCGUUUUCUUGUGUGUUUAUUAGGGCCACAAUAUUCAAUCCACCCAGUCCAUCAACGUUAUUCCUUCAAAUAUUUAUGACCUAUUUUCUGAAUACUAAGUAGGUUACUAGUCUCUGCACGUCUUUGAUGGCCCAACUGACGGUGACUAAUAUCAGUCAACAACUUGUCCUACGAAUUCCCGACAUUUCCUGCUUGUAUAAGACGUUAGUUACACUAUCUUGAGUUUCAUAGAAUAGUUUAUAAGAGAAGAACGUGAUUGAUGAAGUAAAAGGGUACAUGUUUGCUUGUCAUUGUAGACAGCUUGAGAUUCAUUCAGGAGUAAACAGUACUUGUUUAGAAAUUAAGAAAACUGAAGAGAUAAGAGAUACAUCGCAUUUUGAGUUCAGUUAUCGUCAUAGAAUGAAUCAAACCAACUCGACCGGGACUGUAUUCAACUACUCGUCUGUAUCAGGAGGUUGUAUCACGGGUAUCGUCACCAAGUCCACCCUUACGGGACUAACGUGUGCAUACAUCAUGGUUUUCAUCGCUGCAUUGAUCGGUAACUCCGUGGUGUUCUACGUCAUCAAGAGUAAAAACAAACCCACAAUAACGUUUAACUAUUUUAUCCUAAGUAUGGCUACUGCUGACCUUUUGCAGACGUUCAUAUCUAUCCCAACAGCCGUUUCGUACCUCUAUGUUGGAACCUUGUGGUUUUCAGGUUCCUUUGCAAUAUUUUUAUGUAAGUUUGUCCAUUAUGGUUCAGUGGUGUCGAUAGUCGCUUCCAUUACCACCCUGUCAGUCACAACUAUCGAGCGCUUCCUGGCCGCCAGGCUGUUGCUAAGGAAACCAGUUACCAUCGCAACAGUACGACUUUUGAUCGCAGCUGUUUGGAUUUACUCGUUGUUGAUUUCACUUUACGAGCUUGUUCAAUUUACCGUUGUGGACUAUGGGCCCGCUGGUCUUCACUGCUUUCCACAAGUAACGGAAACGAUAUUACGAAUCCAGUUGACAUUGAAAGUGAUCAUCCUUUACGCGCUGCCACUUCUACUCAUGGCAACCUUGUAUACCAACAUCAUAUGGUUGUUAUGGAAACACGGCAGUUUCACCAGCUUGAACACCGAACAUUAUCGUAACAUUCAACGGCGCAAGAGAAACCUGAUUAAGAAACUGAUAUUCAUCACGGUGGUAUUUGCAGUUUGUUGGCUUCCUGUACACGUCAUGCAUAUUGCCGGUGCGUUUUACUAUGAAACAUACACGUGUAUCCCAGAGCACUGGAAACUGCUGUUCUUUUGGAUGGCACACUCUAACUGCGCGAUCAACCCCUUUUUGUAUCUACUGCUGACCAGGAAUGCGCGGACGCUGUUCAGAUCGACUGUUCACGUCGCAAGGCAUGAUGGGAAAGAUAACGGAAGCAAGGGAGCUGGGAACCGUAAACUGUGGGUGUUCCAAAGAUUCCAGAGCGACACUCGGUCGUUAAYAGCCUGUAUAACACCUCAGAGUACAGAUUCUCAGGUAGAAGGAAAAGAAAAUGAAAUGUACGAACUGCACAAGCGUUCACCGUUCAAGUAAACAUAAGGCAAUCACGUGACACACGAAAACCYUUACUCAUAUUGACCUCAACACUGAUAUCAGACCUUCUCGUAUAAGUCACCGUUCAAGUGAACAUAAGGCAAUCACAUGACACACGAAAACCUUUACUCAUAUUGACCUCAACACUGAUAUCAGACCUUCUCGUAUAAGUCACCGUUCAAGUGAACAUAAGGCAAUCACAUGACACACGAAAACCUUUACUCAUAUUGACCUCAACACUGGUAAUAGUUGGUAACAGGGAAAGACAAUGAAAUGAAUGUACAAGCUGCACAAACGGUCACUCUUCAAGGAACUGUCUGGUGAUCACGUGAAAAAUAAACGAAAACUCAAAUCUUUAAGAUAAAACUCGUAAAAAAACAACAUUAACUUGGGUGCUUACCAUUCGAACCAAUCCAUCCGGUUGGAAAUUCAUUCGCUAAUGGUAAGAAAAGAGAAACCUUGACUUUCGAAAAAUGAUACACGCGUGUACCAGAAGAACCGAGCAAUUACUGGUAUCGAACGCAACACUGAUAUCACACCUGGUUGGUCACCCUGCAUGUAAACGUGGUGAGCACGUGGCACGAUAACCAUCGUUAAAAAACCUUUACUGAUAUCGAACGCAACGUUGGUAUCAGACCUAUGUGUAGGUCAACCUUUAAGUAAACAUCAAGAUCACGUGAUAUCAUCGUUAAAAACCAUUACUGGUAUCGAACGCAACAUUGGUAUCAGACCUUCUUGUAGGUCAACCUAGAAGUAAACAUCUAAAGAUCACGUGGCACGAUCGUUAAAAACCAUUACUGGUAUUGGCCGCAACAUUAAUAUUAGAACUCCUUUAUAGGUCAACCUUAAAUUAAACAUCUAAAGAUCACGUGACACCAUUCUUAAAAACCAUUACUGGUGUUGACCGUAGCUUGGUAUCGGAACUUCUUGUAGGUGCCAAAGAGCACAAGAAAAUAUAGCAAAUGUACAAAAAAUAAGUUAUUAGUUUA